CCUCUGGCUCCGACAACAGUAAUGGCCAUGCCUACGUCAAAGCCCAAAAUUGGUUUUAGUAUAGACUCUAUUGUUGGAAAUCGUUUUCCAAAAAAUCCUCAGAUAUUCGCAUCUGACAUACAAAAGGCACUCCGAAUUGGAUCUCCUGACGAAUUAUAUAAUAGACUAUCAAGCUAUGAAAGCGUGUCUCCACCAGCAAAUUACCAGUCGACAAGCAAUGAAAAUAGCAAAACUUUACAAUAUCAAACAAAACAUGACUCUCAUUCAAAAACCGAUAUCAUUAAUAGAAGUCCGUCGCCAAUGCAAGAGAACGAUUUAAGUGAAGCUACAAAGACUCGAAAAUUGCAUUCACCAUCAUGCUCCCCGACAUCAGCUCCCAUUAUUGUUCCGGGUAUUCCUGCUGGCUUAAUAAGACCGUUACCUCAAACUGUGCCAAAUGUAAACGACUUCAAACCAAUUGCACCUUAUAUGCACUCAUCAGAUAUUGUUCCACCGCACAGUCCACACUUUAUAGCAGCACAAUUCACUGCUGCAGCUCUAGCCAGCCAAGCAUUCUCCCCAACAGUACCUCAGCACGUAACUCAUUUACACAAUUCAAAUUUAACAAGAGAUAGUUAUCCUUUGUAUCCAUGGCUGUUAAGCAGGCAUGGUCGAAUUUUUCCCCACCGAUUUCCAGGAAACUUUCUAUUGCAACCUUUUCGAAAACCAAAACGUAUUCGUACAGCCUUUUCACCGUCACAGCUUUUGAAGCUUGAGCAUGCAUUUGAAAAUAAUCAUUAUGUAGUUGGGGCAGAAAGAAAGACAUUGGCACAACAAUUAAGUCUAUCUGAAACUCAGGUUAAAGUGUGGUUUCAAAACAGAAGAACAAAACAUAAAAGAAUGCAACAAGAAGAAGAUUCAAAAUCGGGCAGCCACCAGAGAAACAGUAGUCCUCUGAGCUGUGAUGAAGAUGAGUUAAUAGAUAUGGAAAUGGAUGAAUAUCCUAGUGAUGAUGAAAUUGAAGAAGAUCAAUGAGAUUCAAGGUAUAGUUUUCCUACCAAAACUCGUAUUUAUUAAUUAAAUUGGUCAACAUUUAUUUUUUACAUUUAUAAA